AGUAGGCAGGCAGAUGGGAUGACGACGAGCCACGGGCGUAGGACUUGUUUGUGCCUGUGCGUGCGGGGUGCUCACGUCUCCGGCCUCGGGCGUUGCCGUUGCUCCUCGCGAGCGCGCUGCCGCCGAUGACAUGUGAACUCGUCGCCAUCCCCGCCCCGCAGCACGAACCAGAAAAAGGAAGCUUUGGCGCCGCGCUCCUGCUCGCGACCCCCCUGAACCCCAACAAAACCCAGGCAAAAUCGAAACCCUCGCCACCCAAAUCACACCCAAACCCUCGACCUGGAGCCGCUUCCCCAUCCCCAGCUCCCUACAGCUCCUCUUCCCCGGAUGGCCGACGCCUCCUUUCCCUCGCCCGCGAUGUUGCCGCCGUCCGAUUCCGACCUGCUCCUGCCGCCCACCGACGCCCCGACCCCCGAAGCCGCCGCCAGGACCCCCAACCUCCCCGACACCCCCGCCUCCGCCGCGGAUCCAGAGACCCCCUUCUCCGACGCCGCCACCGCCUCCGACGCCGACGUUUCCGCCGUCGCCCCGCUCUACGCGGCGGCCGUGGAUGACGCCGAGGACGACGGGAUCAACGACCCCUCGGGCGCCGCCAGGAAGCACAUGACCCUCGCGCCCCCGGCCCCGCCGACCAAGAAGUCCAAGAAGAAGGGCGGCAACUGCGUCUGGACCAGGCCCAACUCCCGCAAGGGGAAGAAGAAGGCCAAGCCGCCCGGCCACGCCGUCGCCGGCGGCGCCGGCGCCAGCGGAGGCGGCCGCCCCAGGCCCUCCUGUGGCGAGGACGAGUUCCUCCUCACCCCGGCACCCCGCCUCGCGGCCGAACGCAACGACGACGGGCCUGAACUGCCUGUGCUCCUCUCGCGUGUCUACAAGUCCGAGAAGAUCGAGGUCUCGGAGGAUCGCCUAACCGCAGGCAGCACCAAGGGCUACCGAAUGAUACGUGCCACCCGUGGCAUUGCAUCCGGUGCUUGGUAUUUUGAGGUCAAGGUCAUGCACCUUGGUAGCUCCGGCGCCACCCGUCUCGGCUGGGCCACCAACAAGGCUGACAUCCAGACACCUGUGGGUUGCGACAGCUUUGGUUUCAGUUACCGCAGCGUCGAUGGCUCCAAGGUGUACAAGGCCUGGAGGGAUAAGUAUGCCGAUGAAGGAUACGGCGAAGGAGAUAUUCUGGGCUUCUACAUUUCUCUGCCUCAGGGCGAGCUGUAUGAGCCCAAACAACCUGACCUGGUUAAGUACAAGGGAAUGCCUUUCCAUGCACAAGGUCUCAAGGAUGAGAAAAAGACGCCGGAUCCUGUUCCUGGAAGUGAGAUAGUUUACUUCAAGAACGGGGUAUGCCAAGGCACGGCCUUUGAGGAUAUUCCUGGAGGGCGCUACUACCCAGCUGCAUCAAUGUACUCACUGCCUGAUGAGCCGAAUUGUGAGGUCAGGUUCAACUUUGGGCCUGAUUUCACGUUCUUUCCUGAAGACUUCGCAGGCCGUCCUGUCCCUCGGCCAAUGAGCGAGGUGCCUUACCAGGCAUAUGAGCUGAAGAACGAGGGACCUGCUGAAAAUGGUAAUGCUGAAAAGGCUGGUUAGUGUAGUUAUCUUGCUGUUUUCAUUAUUCAGUCGAAUAUACCCGUGGAGUCCACUAGCUAGUUUAUUUAGUGCUAUGGCGAAGCUUACUGACGAACUUACCUUAUCCUAGUUAAAAUGCAGCAAACUGGCUGACGGCUGCUGCUGGUUUCUUGAUUAUUAUGGCGAUGCUUACUGAACAUAUUUUAUUGCGUCCUAAUUAAUUAAAUUACAGCAGACAUGUUGAUGGCUGUAGCCUGUUUAUUAAUUACAUUGCGAAGUUUAUUCAUGAA